AUGAGCUUUCCCGAUCCACGAUUUUUGCACAUGAGGAACACAGAUUGUCAAGUCCCAAUGUGGGUAGUCCUGUUUCAACUGCUGCACGAAGGGCCUGAUAUAAGCAGAAAACUCAUCAUUGAGCGGCCCAUCAUCGUUGGUCAACAGCACACGCAUUCCGCCCAGCGCUUCAAGGUCUCCUGCCAAGUGAACGAGAGCAUCGCAAUCCUUCUGAUUUGCAAAAAUACUUUAUGUACGCACAGAGCCCCGGCCGAUGGCGAGAAAAGACCCGCUGUGGCGAAAAACGAUAAUGAAAAAAAACACCACCAUCAACUCUCCACAAGCGAAAGAAAAGGUAGAUCGGCGAGCAGAGCACCGCCGCUAGAAAAAACCACCAUGUCCUUAUUUGUCAACCCAUUUGCAUCCCAAGAAGUGAGCCAGGAAAAGCUAGACGUUGCUGAGGUUCAAUUCGACGCCAUGAACUCAACCUUCAACAACAUUUUGUUCAGCUGUCUGGAGAAAUGCAUACCGCACGACCACUAUAGCGAGAGUGAACUAAAUAAGGGCGAGAUGUCGUGCGUGGACAGAUGCGUUGCCAAAAUCCACUACAGCAACAGACUAAUUGGAGCUUAUGUACAAGCCAAGGGCUUUGCCCCCGACACACACUUGCCACAUUACAAGCCUUUCAAGACAAGCACAGCGGACACCGGCAUGCAAAAAUAG